GUCAGAAAGCUCAUAAUUAGCUGGGUCAUCGCAAGCACCAGCACCAGUGUAGAUACUACCAUGACCUGGUAGUAUAUGAGGAGCUGUAGGUCACGGGGGCAUUUGCCAAAGUCGUAGGAGAAAGCAGUUUAGGGACAGGGACUGCACGUCAAACUAAUUGCCAAAUGUAUCCAAAGAGAUGAAUUAAUGAAUUAUCUGAAUUAAUGAAUACAAUGAGGAGCAGGUUACAACAUUCUGGAACACGUGAUGUUAUAAUCAGAUUCUUCUAUUACAUCAUGUUGGGUCCAUAUCUUGUGUAUGUUUGACAGUGAACAGUAAACCCAAUUCACUUUUACAAAGCACAGCUAGCCAACUAGUAGUUUGACUUGUAAUUUGUACUGCCUACUUUUGAAAGACGAUUUCUUUAAUCAAAAUGGCACAGCUCUCCCAGAAGGGUGGGCUGUGCAACAUGAAGAUGUUAUUGUUGGCUGUUAUUUUCUGUCUCCUUUCGCCUGUUGCUGCAAAUGUGUUGGUGUCUUCAGAGCACAAGACUUUGAUGCCAGUGAAGGACCACCCUAUUCUGAACAACCCUGAUGCUACAAAAGAACAAGUUGAUAGUUUACGGGUGAAAGAAUAUUCUUCUCCAGGUAAUGUGGGCCAGUUGACAAAAGGAUAUUCCUCAAAAAAUGUCAAAGACCCCCCGGACUUUGUAGAGCCCCUGAUUUCUGUUCCAGAGCACAAGCCGUUGAUGCCAGUGAAGGACCACUCUGUUCAGAACAACCCUGAUGCUACAAAAGAGACCAAUUUUAAGUCAUUGCUGGAACAACUUGAGAGUUUACGGGUGAAAGACGAUUCUUCUCCAGAGCACAGGCCUUUGAUGCCAGUGAAGGACCACCCUGUUCAGGACAUCCCCAAUGUUGCAAAAUGGACCAAAAUGGUGCAAGUGGACCAGAUGCUGGAACAACUUCAGAGGAUGAAAGAUGAUACUUUCCCAGGUAAAGCUAAAGUCCCACAGAUGAUUGUGGAGAAACGUAUUCCUUAUCUACAGGCUUACAAGCAAAAAGCAUUGCAAGGUGACAACAACAUCUUCAAAGAAAAUCUUCAGGCUCCAGCUCCAAAAGCUCAGAAGAGCACCCUGAAGAUCAAACCCAGAGUCAACAUAUUGACUGACCCUUCUUACUCCGAGCCACUUGUGAAGGUGAACCUGAUUUUGGGGCUUGUUUUCUAUGGCUUCAUCGUAAUAGUGGUUCUCUAUGAUGCUGUGAGAAUCUCCAAGGAGGCUAGAAGGCGAUCUGAUGCUAUUGCCACUGCCAGUGUGCCCCCAUUUCUGACGAUUCUGCAAAAGAGUUGCAGAAGUCAAAGGAGUUCAUCUCCACUAAGGACAAAUCUGAGUCGGAAAAGAGACCUGGAAAGAGUGCUGUCAGCCUGAGAGAGUGUGAGCCGCCUCUGCCUAGCAUCCCAGAUAACUUCCUUGUGCCUGACUCUGAGCCUGCCAUCCAGGUGGCAUUGAACCCAUUCGACACCAAGCUAGCCAAAGUUGUAUCUGACAAUGCUGAGGCAUCCAACUACGAGGCAACCGAGAAGCCCUGCUACACACAGUCUGGGCUCACUGAGGUUUGCGUCAAUUAAGACUGAGGACUACUUCUUAAACCAAGUGAUAUUGAAUAAAAGCUGCAGAUAUUACAUCUCCAAAUGAGAUCACAUGGAGACUGUCACCUUUGAAGACUUCCAUUUUCUGUUUGUA